CAUUUUUAAAUGACAUGUAUUGCUCGUCUUGUUACUGGAACAACUACGACCCCUAUAGGUUAUUUUCGACAAAAACACCUUACAUCAACGUGAGAGGCGAUAUAAGAGACUCCGUUAAUUCAGCAGAACUACAAGAUUGCAAAGCGUUAAGUAUUUGGGGAAUAUUCAGACACGGAAAAAGAAGUCCAGGAAUAAAAUUUUCUGAUAAUAUAAAACAUAUAAUUGCCAUCAGAGGAGAAAUCAUUGCAAGACACGAGGACGGUGAAAGUUUACUUUGUGCACAGGAUUUAGAAAAUUUAAAAAAUUGGAAAGUAAAUAAAGAGUUAUUCAAAAAUCUACACGAUACAAUAGAGGAAGGCUUAUCAGAAAUAGCUGGAGUUGGUCGCAGACUUAGAGAGGCUUUCAAAAAUCUACUCACAGAUCUCAAGCCACAUGAAUACACAUUUAGAUCAAACAGAUUUAAAUAUAUAGGCAAAUGCAUUGACGGUUUCUUAAGGGGCUUAAAACAACCCGAUUUAAAAGUUGAAUACGCAAGAUUUGGGGAUGUUAUGGCUCCAUUUGAUGACUGCCCCACGUAUAAAAACAUGGUGAAACGUAAUGAUACAACGUUUGCCCAAGCUAGAAACUAUUUAACUUCACCGGAAUAUUUGAGGUCAAAAGCCAGAAUUCAGAACCGUACAGGUUUAAUAUUGACAAAUGAGCAAUUAACAUCCUUGUAUGAUCUAUGUCGUUACGCGUGGUCUGCAUUGGAGAAUAUACCUAGUCCAUGGUGCGCCCUGUUUGAUGAAGAAGAUUUAAAAAUUCAAGAGUACUACGAAGACUUAAGAUUGUAUUACAGAAACGGCUAUGGGAAUCCAUGGAAUGUAGAAUUUGGGCAGAUUCCUCUUGCAGAUCUUUUAAGAAAAUUCAAAUUGCAAAAACAAAAACCACAUAUAAAAAUUACAGCUUAUUUCACUCAUGCUACCAUGCUGUCUAUGACAUAUAGCGCUCUCGGUCUAUUCAAGGAUGAUAAUCCACUAACUGCAGAUUAUAGAGACGAUAACAGAAAAUGGAGGACGAGCCAACAUGCUCCUUUUGCAGGCAAUCUAAUAGCUGUACUAAAUAAGUGUCAAAGAUUUGGAAAUGAUAAAUUUAUGGUAGCUUUUUACAUGAACGAGAAACCUUUUGAAGGUAUUUGUAAGCAUGGUGUUUGCACAUGGGAAGAAUUCGAGGAAAUGUUACGGCCAACACAAAGCAAAACAUUUUUAAACGUCUGUAAUAAAAAAAUAUAAGAUUUUUUAUUUUUA